CAAGUCUCAAAAAGUCGGCUCCAAUCCCCCCACCCCCCCAAGUGUCUCGUCAGCCCUCCGUCGGAUCCGUCGGCGCCGAGGAACCCAACUUGGCCGAGCGGAACAAAAUCGAACUUUCACCUCAUAAUGACCACAGCAUUCCUGACCCGCGCUUGCUUGACUGUUGCACUGGCGGCAGGUGUCAGGCGCGGCUGUGGGACGACAAUCAGCCGCCACAUAUGCAAAAAAGGUCGCCAUUUAGGAGGAAGGACGACUGUUAUAAGGACCAUGGGGGUCGGGGCUUCGUGCAGGAACGGCGGAGGAGAGGAAGAUAGUAACUUGAAUUCGCCAAGAGGAAGUACAGACAGCAUGAUGGAAGCUGUUGUGUGCCGUGAGGAUGAAUUGCCAGAAGAAGGAAUGAAGUCCUUUGAUGUAGAAGGUGGCCAGGUGCUAGUUGUUCGUCACAAGGGCACACUGUCUGCGAUAGGGAGUAAAUGUUCCCAUUAUGGAGCACCAUUGGAGAAGGGGGCUUUGUGUGAGGGAAGAGUGAGGUGUCCAUGGCAUGGUGCUUGCUUCAGCCUUGCAACAGGGGAUAUUGAAGACUUCCCAGGACUGGACAGCAUUCCUAAGUAUGAUGUUGAAGUUGUUGAUGGGAAUGUAAAGGUGAGGGCCAGUCAGGAACACUUUGGUGCAGCAAAGAGAGUGAAACCAUUGGCCAAACGUGAUGAAGACAACAAUACAUCCUUUGUUGUGAUUGGUGGAGGAGCUGCAGGUGCUACUUGUGUGGAACGAUUACGGCAGGAAGGUUUUACAGGUCGCUUGGUAAUGGUGACGCGAGAGAAUCACUUACCCUAUGAUCGACCAAAACUCUCCAAAGCCAUGCAUCUCACACCAGAUAAUAUUACAUUACGUUCUAAUCAGUUCUAUGAGAGUGGUGACAUAGAAAUCAAGUUAGGUGUGACAGCUGAAGGUCUAGAUACAGAGAAUAAAGUGGUCAAACUGAGUGAUGGUGAAGAACUGAAUUAUGACAAAGUGUUCAUUGCAACUGGUGGGAAACCACGGCAGCUGUCAAAUCCCGGUGCUGACCUCAAAGGCAUAUUUGUUAUCCGAACUCCAGAGGAUGCUAAUGCAGUGGCAGCAGCAGCAGCAGGGAAGAGUGUUGCUAUUAUUGGCACCUCCUUCAUAGGAAUGGAAGCAGCAGCCUACCUAUCAAGCGAAGAUCGUGCUGCAUCAGUGACUGUCGUAGGGAACACAAAAGUACCAUUCGAAAGGAGUCUUGGACAAGCUGUUGGAGAAAGGAUCCAGAAGCUGUUUGAGGAAAAUGGGGUUAAAUUUGCCAAUGAAGUCAAUGUGAAGGAGUUCAGAGGAGAAGAUGGGGAGGUGAAAGAGGUUGUAUUGGAUAAUGAUGAAACUAUACCAGCUGAUGUGGUAGUGACGGGAGUAGGAGUUGUGCCGGAGACCCAGUUCCUGUCAACUUCUAGUGUCAGGCUUGAUGAACGAGGAUAUGUUCCAGUAAAUGAGCACUUGGAGACAAACAUUGCUGAUGUGUACUGUGGGGGUGACAUAGCCUCCUUCCCACUCUUCCUUCAUGAUGGGGAGAAAGUGGCCAUAGGUCACUGGCAGGUUGCUCAUGGCCAUGGUAGCACAGCUGCCCUCAACAUGCUGGGGAAAGCUACACCAGUCAAAUCUGUGCCAUUCUUCUGGACUGUCCUUUAUGGAAAGAGUCUUCGGUAUACAGGCCAUGGGAUGUAUGAUGACAUCUUGAUAGGAGGAGACAUAGAUAACUUGGCUUUCAUUGCCUAUUACUGCAAAGGAGAUCGUGUGGUAGCUCUGGCCAGCCUUGGUAAGGAUCCUGCAGCUGCCAAAUAUGCUGAGAUGUUAAACAGUGGGAAGUUUCUCACUAGGGAGAAAGUUAUUGAAGAUGGAGAGGUGGCAUGCAAGCUGUGAUGUGAUGAAAAGAAGCUCAAGAAAACAAGAAAAUAGAUGUUUGAAUGUCCACGCUUGUUCCAUGUAUCCUUUUGUGAGAUAAGAUGUAAAUGUGGUGGCAAAAUGCUAUUGGCAUUGUUUGUUUCUUUGAUGUAGUGGGUAACGAUUGCUAUUUGUUACACAUUACAGUUUAUUAAUGUGUACUUAAACAGUGAAGAUAUUCAUUAGAUAUAAGUAGAACCAAAGAUGUGCACUUAAUGUAGUCAUGAAACCAGUGAUAUAAGGACAGUAUUUUUAUUUACGAAUAUAUUGUAAAUUGCAUUUUUUAUUUUACCUUUUUUUUUUUUUUUUUAACACAGUCUCUUCACAAUCUGUUGGUAGUAUACAUUUCUGCAAUGAUGUGAUAAUCUCUGUAGUAACUGAUAUAAAAUCAUUAUGCAUCACUAAUUCUCGUAUGUCCAAUCUUCAUUUUUUUCUGAUUACUCGUAUCAUUGAAAGUUUCAGUAGACAUAAAUUAUAUGCGUUUUCACUAUGUUGGUUUUCUGUUCAUGUUUCUCUUCCAUUUGUUACAAAUUUGUUUAUGUAAAUUAACCAAAGAAUCUGUGAAAAGAAGGGAGCUUGUUGAAACCAUUGCACUGUUAAUUUUUCAGUAAUUUCAAAGUUCUUGUUACGCUACUUGGAAAGGAUAUUCUUUAUUACUUUUUGUGGUAGUGGGAUUUGUCUUUUACUUUUCAUAACUUUUCAGUACAUUUGUUUUCUUUUUAGUUACUUUUUAGGUCUAAAUAUUUUCUUUGAUAUAUAUAAGAAAUGUCCGUAAAAUAAGCUUUGACUCCAAGAUUAUCAUAGAAUUUAUCAAAGACUUAAUUUGAAUGUAACCAUAACAGAUAUUUAUAUAUGAUGAUAAUCUAAUUAAAAUUGAAAUGAAAUAUUUAUUGCAAUGAAUCUCAAUUAUGUAAUGACUUUGAGGCAUGUAGUGCCAUUUGUAUUUUUCAAAGAGAAAAUGUUUGGUAACACGGAAGAAAUUGCUCAAUUAAUGAUUGACAGAGAAUAAAAAGUGCAUGUCAGUUUUCCUUAUCAUUACUGAUGUGAACUUAACUCUAGCAAACGUAAAACACAUUAUUUUUAUCCGCUGCUUGCCAGGACAAUUAAAGACAGCCGUUAUGAGUGUGGAACAAUUCAAGACUAUGAAAGAGAUUUUCGUUGAGUUUGCAUUCCAUUCCAAGAUCCUGUAUGCAGUAUGCCUUUAUUCUUACUUUUGAGUGUGAUGCCUUUUUUUUUCUUUUUUUUUCCCUGAAGAAUGCUUGUUUUGGAAGUACUAUGUUAGAUUGUAGACAUGAUUUUCUUUAGACGAGUUAAGGAUAUUAUUAUUAUUGUUAUGAUUACUAUUAUUAUGAUGAUUAUGAUUAUUAUAUAUAUUAUUAUAAACAUAUUAUUAUAUUUUAUUUUAUUAACUUUUUUUUAUAUAUAUAUAUUUUAUUUAUAUAUUGUUUUUCUUUCUAUUUAUUUAUUUAUUUUUUGUAAAGGUUUGUGCUCUUAAAGUAACUCUUAAUUGUAACUGAAACAAAUAGCCUAUCAUUGUGCCUUUGAUGUUGAUUUGAAUUGUUAUGAAAUUUAUAUGCUUUUGGGGGGAAUAGGGAAGAGUACAUCAGCAAUUGUAUACUGGUAAAAGAGUUGAUGUAGAUGGUAGUAAGGAAUAGUAGCUAAAUGUAUUUGUUUCUGAAUAGUUUAUUUUGUACUAAAAUCAUUGUGUACCUGUGUAUGUUCUCCCUGAUACUCAGCAAUUACUGUUUUGCAUUCAUACCAACUGCAGAAGGUAAUUUGAUUGUGGGAAAGGAUAGAUAGAAGAAUGUUGACAAGAAUUCUCAUUUGGUGACUCAGGUUUCAUAUAUUAUAUUCUAAAAGAAAGUGGUUAUAAUUUUUGAUGGUAGAACUAUAGAACUUUUGUUUUAAAGGUAAAUCGAGUGAAGAUUGUUUAUAUUCAUAACUAUAGUUUGUUACAUUUGUAUGCAAUUAUUUUCUUACACAUUCCAAACUGAAAUUAAAGGGUAUAUUUAAUGUUAGCUUUGAAUGUUGAAUAGAUUAAAAUCACCUUGACCAA